AUGAGCGAAGAUGGUGCCGACCUCCGCUUCGACUCUCCGGACAAGGAGAUCAAGCACUGGAAGUCCAAAGUCGCCGACAUGCAAGAUGCUCUCCGCGAAACCGAGUCCAGCUUGCAGGACUUUAUGGAGAGCAGCAAGGAACUCGAAAUGGAGAUGGAGAAGGAGCUCUCCACCUCCAACAAGACCAUCUCCGACCUCAAGCGUCGCAAUGAACAGCUCACGGGCGAUCUCGACGAUUGGAAGUCCAAAUACUCGCGUGCGCUCUCGGAACACAACUCGACGCUAACCAACUUGCAAAAGGAAUUAACUAUCCUUCGCGAAGCCGUCGACGUGUACAAGGCAAAGCUGCGUGAUACCGAGCUCACCAAUGACGAGCUCGAAAACGCAGAACGCAUGAUUGCCUCCUCCCUCGCCGACAUGGAGGGCAAGUACAACAAAACAAUCGAAAAGACAGCCUUGCUCGAAGAGGAGCUUAUCGAAAAGACACGUCUCGAAGAAGAAAACCAGCGCCUCAAGGACGAACUUCGCGAGAUGACCGAAGAGAUGACCGUGCUCCGCGACGUCGUCACUCGCAGCAGAGCCCAUUCCCGUGCAGAGACGGUGGCAAGCUCCACUUUUGAUGACGCACCCAUGCCGCGCUCCGACCAGAGUUACGACAGCUCACCGCGCAAGCCGAGCGCCGCAUCUUCAUCGGCAGCAGUGGCAGAACGUCCAUCUAGCAGACAGGCUCUUAGCUCGCCCAGCCUCAACCGCGUGCCCAUCUCACGCCGUCUCGGCGCCAUGGGCCACAACCGUAGACUUAGCCGCGACAUUCGAGCCGCCGAGGCCUCUGGCCUUGCCGCUGUGCAGGACACGAGCCCAGCAGCUGCGGGCACCAUGACUCCUGCUGCCGCUGCGCCAACACGAAGCUCGACUCUUUCGCGAAAAGACACGCCUGCAGGCACACCCUCCCAUCACGCCCACUCGAGUAGCAGCCACACACAAGGCCUCGCCUCUUCGCCGUCUGCUCGCGCACAGCUGCGCGCCUCUGUUCGUGCGGCAGCACGCAUGGGCGGCGGAAUCCCAUCCACUCCUCGCUCUGCCAUUCCUGCCAACGGCGCUGCGGGCUCCAAGCGGAUGAUGGCCGAGAUGAUUUCCAAGAUGAAGGCGCUCGAGACACGAAUCAACUCGGCCAAGGAUCUCUCACGCGUUGUUGGACCCGGUGACGAGAGUGCCAUUCCACGUCCCAGUUCGCGAAUGGCGACGUUGGGCUCGCCCAGUGCCAAUGGCUUCAACUCGAUCCCCAUGCCUGUCUCGACGCCGCGUGCACCACGCGCCAGUAUGGACGGCAAUCGAACCAUCGGCUCGUCGAUCCCUGUGCCCUCUCGCGUACGAAGGCCUAGCUCGAGGAUGUCGGAACGUGGCACACCACCUAUGCCCAGUCUUGGCUUACCACGUUCUCAAACGCCCAGCGGACUGCACGCGCGCGGCUCGAGUCGCGGAGGAUCGUCGCCGCUCCCGCCACACGACUUUAUGGACCACGACCCGGCCAGCACGCUACCGCACGUCGCACGCUACGCCGCCGCGCAAGCUGCGCUCAACUCGUCCUCUGCCAGCGCAGCAAAGCGACGCAGCAGCACCUCGGGCAUGACACACUCUGCCUCUUUCGGUUCACUUGCCAAGAUUCGCUCUGGAUCCACGUUGCCACGGUCCACGACGCCUUCGACGAUCGCCGCACCCAGAGUGACACAGAGCACCAUUACGCACUAUGCGGACACUACGGUGGGUGCGACCAGAAUGCCGCUAUCGACGCGCCUCGCUUCGUCGCAUCGGACGGGGUCGAGCAUGAGAGGUAGCGUCAACGGGCCGCCCAGCUCGUGGAAGAGCUCGACGGCGGCUGCCCCGACAUUGACGAGGAGCAGAUCGAGCAGUUUGGGGUCUCAGCCAGAUGCGUAG